GUGUUUCCCAUGAAAUGAUGUGGAAGCUGCUGGAUGGACUUUGACUCAGUCUGGCAUGUGUGAGCUGUGUUUUGCGCUGAGGAGUUCCCAUGGAUCAGAGAGGUCAGCACUGGUCUGAUUCCAGCAGGUAUCCCCACAGAACAACAGACUCCAGGUUUGCUCAGCAGGAAUGGGAUGUGAGCUUCCUUCCACCAGACCCCAGAGACAGGGGUCCACACUGGGCUCAUCCUGACCCCCGAUACUUGUCUCCUUUCACCUCUCCACCUGCAAGGCCUGAGUGGGUUCAUUACAACUCUCAGCAGUACGUCUAUGGUUAUGGGUGGCAAGAGCACCAGAGAUCUCCGUCCAGGCUUAGUUCUGACUAUCCUCCCCACAACCGCUGGGACUACAGAGGCAGUUCUCAUUAUAGAGGACAACAUGCACAACAAGGUACAGAUGGUGGACAGUGGAGUCUCGCGGACUCAGGAAGAGCUGGUAAAUACCACGAGAGAAGCCACAGACAGGAAGGUGCAGGGAGCCUCCAGACAGAGGAGUACAGGUACAACCCGGUACAGGACAGUUCCCAGCAAUACUUCAGUGACUUUGAAGACAGACCUUCUAAAGACAGUGAGGACAUUUUUUCUUCUCAUCCUGGGACACUGGAACGUUUCAGAACCUCAGGACUGUCCUCCAGCAGCUACGAGCUGAGUCAGUACAUGAACGGAGCGGAUCAGUGUGAGCCAGACACACAGCCUGCCGUCACUUCAGGUGGAGAGCGUGAAGCUGUGCAUCACAUCUCCGCUCCCCUGAAGUUCACCGUCCCUCACGCUGUGGUGAGUUUCGGACCUGCAGGCCAGCUCAUACGGAUCGCUCCACACUUUUCAGCGCAGGACAAUGUCAGCCAGCUGGAGAUCCACAGCAUGGAGACCAGUGUUUGUGGCUUGACUCCCAUCACCCUCUGCAGCACAAGGCCUCAGACUUCUCCUCCCUUCAUGCCAGCGACAGCGAUCUACGCUCCUCCAGUCUCCACUGUGGCCACGAACCAAAACUUCAGCUGUCAUAGCACAGAUAAUGUGGAAGUCACGUCCCAGCUACAUUUUCCUCCUAGUAAUCUUUCAGCAGCUGAGGAGGCAGAGUUGUUUUCGGGGGCAGAGCAGGUGCUGGAGGUCAACAUCACUCGGCAACAGCAGCAGGUUGUCCCUCCAGCUGUGGAGGGGUCUGAGGGGGCUGGUGUGACUCCUAAAGAGACUAAGACGGGAUGGUUCAGAGGAUGGUUCAAAUCAAAACCAGAAAACAAAAGUGAUGCUCAGGAGGAAAAGUCGGAGCAGGAAGGCCCAACUCAGACUGACCCGCCACCCAUUGCUGGCCUUUAUCCUCCAUCCCUACCCACAGCCCCCCAUCCUGGCACAUUUCCUUCCCCACCCUAUGCUGCAGGGAUAAAUCCUUUCUCAAGAAAAGCAGUCCUGUCAGUGCCCAGUCCCUGGCAUGACAUCAUCAGCCUUUGA